UCGGAGGAAGUUCUUUCCGAGUGUCGUGUGCGUUUCCUAUCGUUCAUGGGAGUCGGGAAGGAUGUGCACACGUUUGCAUUCAUCAUGGCAGAGGGACCUGGAGACUUCAUCUGUCACAUGUUCUGGUGUGAUCCUAACGCAGCCAGUCUAAGUGAGGCCGUACAGGCUGCCUGCAUGCUGAGGUAUCAGAAGUGUUUGGACGCUCGGACCCCCAGCAGUGGCUCCUGUCUGCCCGGUCCUCCCGCUGACUCCGUGGCCCGCCGGGUCGGCUCCAGCGUGAAAAAGGGUGUGCAGAGUCUGCUGGGUAGCUUCAAGAGAUCUGGAUCUCAGACGCCCUGAGAAGGGAAGCAGUCCCUCAGCUGCGCUCUCUGCACAUUCUUCCUGUGUGUUUGUUCAUGUCACUUCAUGUCCUCCUGCAGUUAUAUGAGUGAGAGGCACACAAGUUACAUUCAUAUAUAUUACAUUAUCAUACACUACAAUUUCAUUUGCUUUUUCCACGUUUGUUUACGUUAGCGGAUGUACUGUACAAGUGAUUUAGCAGCACGGGGUAUGAAUGCGACUUGCCAAGAUUAGAUUUUCAAUGUAGUGGCUGUGAUGUGGACUGCUCGACCUAAAGACACUAAACAUUACGCAUGCUAUCACAUAACACUAAAAUUAGCUUAUUCACUAUGCAAUGUGCUUAUUUAUUAUUUGUUGUUUUUCCUGUGGCUCUGUAUUGUGACACAUAUUGUGUAAGCUUUGACUGUUUUUGUUUUUUCUCCUAAAGAAUUGAUUCUUUCCCAUCCUCAACACAGGGACAGAACCACGACUGAAUCGAUAGCAAACCCAGACCUCGUCGUUCACCCUAAAAAUGCCGUUCCAAACCUGUAUGCUUUUCUUUCUUCUGUGGAAAACAAGAUAUUUUUAAAAAUGUCAUUGUUGAAACAACAUUUGAUGUCGGUGACUUUCACUUUGUGGAAAAAAGGUGCUGUUUCACAUUUUAUUUCACUUGCCUCGCUUUCAAGUCACAAGUCACAAAGCCUUUUAAUUUCCAUAAUUUCUUUGCUGAUAUAGAUUUUUGUUAGCCUGACUUCGUCAUAAUCCAAUUCUAUUCAGAAUGUGAGUGUGAUACUGCUCCAUAGGGCUUUGAUUAUGA